CCUGAUCACUGAAACGUCACGUAGACUUGAAGUCUCCUCCUACAAUUGCGUGUUUGCCGUACAUGAUAUGCAGACCGUCCGUUGUUUGUCGGAAGUACUGAAAACCUGAGGGUGUGGUGUAACAGACUUUUCUGUCCCAUAGUCAGCUGUUACUGCGGCUACUUUCUGUGUUUUUAUGCUUUAAGGAUCGGAACCUGACAAAGCUCUUGUCUUUAGUUUUAUUAUGGCGGAUGCAGCAAACCGUCUGAGACGGCAGCUAGAAGCUGUUAAUUUUGAUCCAAAGCAGUACGUGAAGUCGCUUUCUUCGCAGUCAGAUGGUGACUGUGACUUACAGGAACAUCGCCAGAAAAUACAGACUCUUGCUGAUGAGACGGCCCAGAAUCUGAAGAAGAAUGUUUACAAAAAUUAUCGUCAGUUUAUAGAAACAGCAAAAGAGAUUUCUUACUUGGAGAGUGAGAUGUACCAAUUGAGCCAUAUACUUACCGAGCAGAAGAGCAUUAUGGAAAGUAUAACUCAGGCUUUGCUGUCUGCUGACAAGGAUGAAACUGCAAAGGAAAUGCAGUCCGCUUUUCCCAAAGAGACUGAGGAGGUGAAGCAGCGCACUUUGACAACUUUGCUGGAGAAGGUGGAAGGCUGCAAUAAUAUUUUGGAAACCCCAGGAAGAUACUUGGUGUAUAAUGGGGAUUUAACAGAAUAUGAUGUUGAUUCCAUGUCCCCAAUCCAAAAAGUCCAUGCUUUUUUAAUGAACGAUUGCCUUCUGGUUGCUACUUGGCUAGCAGCAAGACGAGGGGCAUUGAGGUUUAAGUACAAUGCCUUGUACGAGCUCGAUGGUCUUGCUAUUGUUAAUGUAAAGGAUAAUCCACCUAUGAAAGACAUGUUUAAAAUUCUUAUGUUUCCAGAAAGCAGAAUUUUCCAGGCAGAAAAUACAAAAAUCAAGAAGGAGUGGCUUGAAAUUUUAGAUGAAACCAAGAAAAAUAAAGUGCUUGAUGACAGGCGUAAGAAAGAAAUUGAGACACCACGUUCUCCAGCCACUCCUGAAGUGGUACCCCGUAAUCCAUUUGAAAAUGAGGAAUCCAUUAGUGAAGUUUUGGUGGAUCUGAGCCUAGACUGGAUUCAGGAACUGCCUGAGGAUUUAGAUGUGUGUAUUGCCCAGAGAGAUUUUGAAGGCGCAGUAGAUUUGUUGGAUAAGCUGAAUGAAUAUCUGAAAGACAAACCUGUAACGGCCCAAGUAAAGGAUCUAAAAGGUAAAGUGGAUGAAAGGGUUCGCCAGUUAACAGAUGUGCUGGUGUUUGAAUUGUCCCCUGACAGGUCUCUGCGUGGUGGACCUAAAGCAACUAGAAGGGCAGUAUCUCAGUUGAUCCGACUUGGGCAGUCAACUAAAGCCUGUGAUCUUUUCCUGAAAAACCGUGCUGCAGCAGUACAGACCGCUAUCCGACAGCUUCGAAUUGAAGGAGCAACCCUAUUGUAUAUACACAAGCUUUGUAACAUUUUUUUCACAAGUCUGCUAGAAACAGCAAAAGAGUUUGAAAUGGAUUUUGCAGGGAACAAUGGAUGUUACUCUGCAUUUGUUGUGUGGUCUCGCUCUGCUAUGAAAAUGUUUGUGGAUGCUUUCAGCAAACAAGUAUUUGAUAGUAAGGAGAGCUUGCCUGCAGCUGCUGAAUGUGUAAAAGUUGCUAAAGAACAUUGCAGACAGCUCAGUGAUAUUGGACUGGACCUUACUUUCACUCUUCAAUCACUUUUGGUGAAGGAUGUUAAGGCUGCUCUUAAGAGCAACAAAGAUAUUAUAAUUGAAGCCACAAAGCAUCGAAAUUCUGAGGAGAUGUGGAGAAAAAUGAACUUGAUGACUCCAGAGGCACUUGCUAAACUGAAAGAAGAAAUGAAAAGUUGUGGCAUAAAUAACUUUCAUCAGUAUACAGGUGAUGAUUGUUGGGUGAACCUUAGUUAUACCAUUGUUGCAUUCACAAAACAGUUGAUGUUUUUCUUGGAGGAAGGCCUAAAGCUGUAUUUUCCAGAGCUCCACAUGGUUCUUCUUGAAAGUUUGAGAGAAAUUAUACUUGUGGCUGUCCAGCAUGUGGAUUAUAGUUUACGGUGUGAACAGGAGCCAGACAAAAAAUCUUUCAUUAGACAAAAUGCUUCAUUUCUAUACGAAACUGUACUGGUCGUGGUUGAGAAGCAGUUUGAAGAAGGAGUUGGAAAACCUGCCAAGCAGUUGCAGGAUUUAAGAACUGGAUCUCGACUGGUUCGAGUUAAUCCUGAAAGUACUACCUCUGUUGUGUGAAUAAACAGAAAACCAGCAGUCAUUUUUUCUUUUCCAGAAUAUUUGGGUCUGUAACAGUUUAUGCUUACAUUGUUAAGAUAUAGUCAAAUAAAACACCAGCUCUGUAUGGGUCACCUUAGUUCAUAGCUUCACCCCCCCCCCCCAAAUAUAGUUUGGUUUUGACUGCACUAUACCACUCCUGUAGAUUAUUCAUGUUUAACUGAUGCUAAAAUGUUUGAUAAAUAAUUUGAAACUUGAGUGAAUGUUGCAUUUAUUUUGCUUCAGCCUUGUCUUAUAAAGCUUUCAUAUGUAGUUUUAAGAAAUGCCUACAGAUUGAAAUAGCAGCAGGAAAAAUGCAUUGGUAUGUUGGCAGAAGCUGCACUGACAAGAUAUAUCCCUGUACAGUGUGGUCAACAUUCUUAUUCGAAAUAGAACAUGAUAUUUUAUUGUUCAUAAAUGUGUAUUCGUUUGCCAGUAGUUGCUUCAUUUAUUUGGAAUUCUGUAUCCCCACUAUGUUAAUAUCAUCUCUCUUUCUUUUUAUCUCCUUCUCAUACCGUUUCUUAUUUUAACAAGAUGUGAAUAGAUUAUUCACUGGCAUGAGUUAACUGAUUGCUCCAUUGCUUAUCCUCAAGAUAACCUCCUUCCUGCUUCCAAAAGUGUUUAACCAAGAUAACCACCUUCCUGCUUCCAAAAGUGUUUAACCUGAUGGAUGCUCAGUCUGUUUUCAUCGGUGUCUUAAUGGAUUAUAGAGAGUUUGUAGUUCAUUUUUGUCUAAAUUAUUUCCUUUUUUUCCCCUUCCAUGUUUUCUCUGCAUUUCUUCACGUCAACACUAGUAUGGAUUUUUGUCUGUAUAUGAUGAAGUGCUUAAGACACUGUAGAACAGUGCAUGGAUAAUGCUAACAUUUUCUUUGUUUUGUUAGACUUAAAACUGUACUUAUGUGAAACCCAGAAGUACUGCUAGCUUUUAAAAAAAGUGUUAAUUUCAGCUCUUCUAAUGCUGCUUGAAUUAUUGCUGUUAAAAAAGCAUUCACAGCACGUUGGGAACACUUCACCAAAUCAUAGGUAAAAUGUGAUACCAGUGGUGGCUCAUGAUAUUGGACUGCAGGACUGUAGCCCCCCUCCCCCACCUGUAAAACAAAA